UUAGUGUGUGUUAUUGUGUGUGAGUGUAUUGAGAAGUGUGUUAUUGUGUGUUAGUGUGCGUUAUUGUGUGUGAGUGUAUUGAGAAGUGUGUUAUUGUGUGUUAUUGUUGAGAAGUGUGUUAUUGUGUGUUAGUGUUGAGAAGUGUGUUAUUGUGUGUUAGUGUUGAGAAGUGUGUUAUUGUGUGUUAGUGUUUGUGUUAUUGUGUGUGAGUGUUGAGAAGUGUGUUAUUGUGUGAGUGUCUGUGUUAUUGUGUGUGUGUCGAGAAGUGUGUUAUUGUGUGUUAGUGUUGAGAAGUGUGUUAUUGUGUUAGUGUUGAGAAGUGUGUUAUUGUGUGUUUGUGUGUGUGUGUGUGUGUGUGUUGAGAAGUGUGUUAUUGUGUGUGAGUGUUGAGAAGUGUGUUAUUGUGUGUUAGUGUGUGUGUGUUAUUGUGUGUGAGUGUGUUGAGAAGUGUCUUAUUGUGUGUUAGUGUGUGUGAGUGUUGAGAAAUGUGUUAUUGUGUGUGAGUGUGUGUGUUAUUGUGUGUGAGUGUGUUGAGAAGUGUGUUAUUGUGUGUUAGUGUUCAGAAGUGUGUUAUUGUAUAUUAGUGUGUGUUAUUGUGUGUGUGUGUGUGUGUGUUGAGAAGUGUGUUAUUGUAUAUUAGUGUGUGUUAUUGUGUGUGUGUGUGUGUGUGUUGAGAAGUGUGUUAUUGUGUGUGAGUGUUGAGAAAUGUGUUAUUGUGUGUUAUUGUGUGUGUGUGUGUGUGUGUGUGUUGAGAAGUGUGUUAUUGUGUGUUAGUGUUGAGAAGUGUGUUAUUGUGUGUGAGUGUUGAGAAGUGUGUUAUUGUGUGUUAUUGUGUGUGUUAUUGUGUGUUGAGUGUGUUGAGAAGUGUGUUAUUGUGUGUUAUUGUGUGUGAGUGUUGAGAAGUGUGUUAUUGUGUGUUAGUGUGUGUGUUAUUGUGUGUGAGUGUGUUGAGAAGUGUCUUAUUGUGUGUUAGUGUGUGUGUUAUUGUGUGUGUGUUGAGAAGUGUGUUAUUGUGUGUUAGUGUGUGUGUGUGUUAUUGUGUGUGUUAUUGUGUGUGAGUGUGUUGAGAAGUGUGUUAUUGUGUGUUAGUGUUGAGAAGUGUGUUAUUGUGUGUGAGUGUUGAGAAGUGUGUUAUUGUGUGUUAUUGUGUGUGAGUGUUGAGAAGUGUGUUAUUGUGUGUUAUUGUGUGUAUGUGUGUUGAGAAGUGUGUUAUUGUGUGUGAGUGUUGAGAAGUGUGUUAUUGUGUGUUAGUGUUCAGAAGUGUGUUAUUGUAUGUUAGUGUGUGUUAUUGUGUGUGUGUGUGUGUGUGUUGAGAAGUGUGUUAUUGUGUGUUAGUGUUCAGAAGUGUGUUAUUGUAUGUUAGUGUGUGUUAUUGUGUGUGUGUGUGUGUGUGUGUGUGUGUGUGUGUGUGUGUGUGUGUGUGUGUGUUGAGAAGUGUGUUAUUGUGUGUUAGUGUUGAGAAGUGUGUUAUUGUGUGUGAGUGUUGAGAAGUGUGUUAUUGUGUGUUAGUGUGUGUUAUUGUGUGUGUGAGUGUAUUGAGAAGUGUGUUAUUGUGUGUUAGUGUGUGUUAUUGUGUGUGUGAGUGUAUUGAGAAGUGUGUUAUUGUGUGUUAGUGUGUGUAUUAGUGUUGAGAAGUGUGUGUUAGUGUGUGUGUUAGGGUUGAGAAGUGUGUGUGUGUGUGUGUGAGAGAGAGAGAGAGAGAGAGAGAGAGAGAGUGCAGGAGACUCACCUGCAGAACCUCAGCCAUGUUCCUGGUACAGAACCACGACUGUGUAUUAUUUGUUUACUAAGAGCCCCAGAUUGUAGCCCAGCGUAACCAUGGAAAUGACGUGUGAAUAAAGAUGGGUAUGUGGAUCUGACCCAUGAGGAUGUCUGUGUACAGUGUGUGUGUGUGUGUGUGUGUGUGUGUGUGUGUGUGUGUGUGUUACUGUUUAGGAGCUAUAAUGAAAGUUUGCACGUUGUGUGCUGAAGUGAGUGAACCGAUUUCAAUAAAUUAGAUGAGGUGAGAUUAGAUUUAUUUGGACGUCCUCUAACACACCUGAGACAGGUCAGAUUACAGCUAUAGGCCACGCCCACUUUUAUUCUCUUACACUUCUUCAGGUACAGCUGUCAUUCUCAUGUCCAGUUUUGUCCACUGAGCAGUUUGAUUCCACACCGCAGGGGUUCUGUGGUUCUCACUCUUGCGGGUUCUUGUUAGACCCACACCACUGGGUAUUGGACCUGCUCUUGUUAGCAGAGUCAGGGUUCUGGAACAGGGCCAGUUCUAUGACUGAGUCAGUGGCGGCUGCUGGUUUUUAAAACAGGGGAAGCCCAUUUUACGCAUUCAUCGUAAAACCUGUAGGCCGGAUAUCAAAGCAUAGAAAGGUGUGCCCCAUUAGUAUAGUGAACUAGACAACCCCACCUAGUGGCAGAAAGUAUUUUUGCUUGUACAUUUCAUGUUAUAGUCUGGCUUGCCAGGCUAGUGCCUCAUAUCCUUAAUCAAAAAUAUCAAACAUCCAAAAAUCACUGGCUAUUCAACGAAGAGCCUUGAACAUCAUACCCUGAUAUGCAACACAGAGUCUUUAACACAACACCCAGCUGUGCAACACAUCCUUGAACAUCUUCUGCAACACAGUCUGGAAAUUCAUAACCAGGUGAGUGUGAGUUGGCUUCUGAAUGGACUCAUCUUUCCACAGCACCAGGAGAACCAUAUCAGGAACCUGGAUGGACACAUCAUCCUCAUAAAAGUCCAUCAGCCCAGAAACAGAGAUAAAAUAUCCCCUGUGCAGUCGAUUUUUCUCCUGAGGAAGAGGUCAGAGAGAGUGAGAGAUUUACUCAUCAUUGUGGUGAACAGGUCAGAUCACCUGCUGAGGGUGGAAAAUGUCGGCUGAAGAACAGAGUCUGUCAGAGGUGGAGUUGAGUCCCGGAGUGUCGGAUGAUGGCGGCUCUGUGUCCCCGAGGCGGGUGGGUCACACAGGAGACUCUCAGCUGGUGUCAGGAGGUGGGGCAGAGGAGGAAGGGGCGGGACUGUCUCACGCAGGAGUCUCGGUAAAAUCAGAUGACGAGGACGAGCGCUUCCCCAUUGGCAUCCGCGAGGCGGUCAGUCAGGUUCUGAAUGGGUAUGAUUGGACGCUCGUGCCCAUGCCAGUGCGCGUCAACACAGGCAGCAAGAGCAAACCACACGUCAAGAGGCCCAUGAACGCCUUCAUGGUGUGGGCUCAGGCUGCGCGACGCAAACUCGCGGACCAGUACCCUCAUCUACACAAUGCUGAGCUCAGCAAAACACUCGGCAAACUGUGGAGACUCUUGAAUGAGAAUGAUAAGCGGCCAUUCAUCGAGGAGGCGGAGCGUCUGAGGAAGCAGCAUAAGAAAGAUUAUCCGGAGUAUAAAUACCAACCCAGGAGACGGAAGAACGGGAAGCCGGGAUCCAGCACUGACAGCGACGCCCACUCUGAAGGUGAUGUCACUCACAGCCAAUCACACUACAAGAGCCUCCACCUCGAGGCGGGGCACAGUGCUGGGGCAGGGUCUCCUCUCUCUGAUGGACACCACACACACCCUGCAGGUUCCAACCACAGCCCCCCAACUCCUCCCACUACUCCCAAAACAGAGCUCCAGGGCAGCAAAUCAGGUGAGGGGAAGAGAGAGGGUGGGGCCAGAGGGCUGGGAGUCGGGGCAGAUGGAAGCUCUGCCUCUUCAGCUUCUGCCGCUUCCUCUAAGCCACACCUGGAUUUCGUGAACGUGGACAUCGGCGAGAUCAGCCAUGAAGUGAUGGCCAACAUGGAGCCGUUUGAUGUCAAUGAGUUUGACCAAUACCUGCCUCCUAAUGGACACCACCCAUCAGGCUCAGGCUCUGCCUCCUGCCCCGCCCCGUCUCCUUCUCCUUACUCCUACUGGCUGUCAAAACAGCAGCUGAGCUCAGAAGGUGGGAAACCACAGAUCAAGAGCGAGACGCAUUUCUCGGGUAAUGCUGACGCUUCGGUGGGCGGGGCUUCCACAUCAGGAGGUGGAGCAUCAGCGCAUGUCACAUACACACCUCUCAGCCUGCCUCAUUAUGGCUCUGCCUUCCCAUCUUUGGCUUCCAGGGCGGCACCCUUUGCCGAAUAUGGAGAUCAUCAAGCAUCUGGAUCAUAUUACACACACUCUGGCCAAUCGGGGCUUUACUCCGCCUUCUCCUACAUGAGCACCGCCCAGAGGCCCAUUUACACUGCCAUCACUGACCCCGCCCCUGGGAAUAGCCCCACCCACUGGGAACAGCCUGUGUAUACCACCCUGACCCGACCGUAACACACACACACACACACACACACACACACACACACACACACACGUGCAUGCACAGACAAGAGAAAGAGAAAUAAGAUGAUGAUGAUGAUGAUGAUGAUGAUGAUGAUGAUAACAGUGUUGUCUCAGACACACAGAUCACAACUUUAAUGGGGAAAAACAUUUGAGAGGCCACUAGCAACACACACACACACACACACACACACACACACACACACACACAGGUAAAGAACAAACAUGAUGAUGAUGAUGAAUAUUUGUCUAACUGUUGUUGUGGAUGAUCACACAUGGGUGGGCGGGUCUAACAGUACACAAAUAUAACACAGCGCACAUGCCUGUUGAUGCUACACACACACACACACACACACACACACACACACACACACACAUUUAAACAGGACAUUCUUUGUUGCUCAUGUGGAAUGGAAUUUGAGUGUCAGUGUUUCUGAAGGACAUUUUUAACUGCACAUUUAUACAUCAAACUUUAUUAUUAUUAUUAUUAUUAUUAUUAUUAUUACAGUGAUUAUGAAUUAAUAAUUUUUUCUUAUUAACCAAAACGAGGCCAUGUUCUUUUUACUGUUGUUGUUAUAAUCCUUGACUGUUGAUGGGUUUGUCAUCAUGACCACCACUGAACUGCAUUUUGGUGAUGAAUGAGUUUGUGUGUAUGUUAAUGUCAGUAUCGAUGUGUCGAUAUGAUAAAAUUACUGUAACCAUUUUCAUUUCUGAAACAACUUUGUGUUGUUUUAUUGUAAACAGUGAGAGAGGAUGUGAAAUGCCAACCACGAGUGCCUACAGUACACUGAAACUCAUUUAGAUGUUUGUGUCAUUUAAAAAAAAAAUGUAUAAGGUUAAAAUGAAAAAUUCAUUCAUAAAUGACAGAAAUACAGCUGCCAGAAUUAAUGAGGGGUGGAGCUUGUAUAUGGUGGGUGGAGCACCCAGUCACAGGAUGUGCCUUCCUUGACUCUGACGACGAACAUUUAAUGAUUUAUGACACGGACGUCUUGUUAAUAUUUUCACUCUCUCUUUUUUUUAUUUCUUUUCUAAUUUUAAAUUUAGUGUUCAUUCGUCUAUAUUUAGUAGUAUUAUAUAUGUUAAAAAUAUACAAAAAUUAUACAAAGUGUUAGAGAAUCUACAUGCAGUAGGUGGAGCUUGUUUUAUUUAUAUUGUUGUUUUUAUUCUGUUUUCCUUUUAAGUGACUUUUUGUGUUCCACGUUGUUUUGUGUACGAGUUGUUUGUUAAUGUGUUCCAGUAGAGACUAACGA